GUCAAUGACAGCUUCAACAUGAGCUUUGAUAAUGCCAUUGCGCGCCCACAGUUCUCUCUCCGGAUUCCUUGGAGCUUUACACGCUAAUUCUCCCCGUCUAUUCUUUCUUGAUACAUCUAAGCAAGCUAACAUUCCCCAGGCCGGCGGCCUAGCAGGCACAACAGUCGACAUGUCUCUCUUCCCUCUCGAUACUCUAAAAACGCGCCUCCAAUCCUCCGCCGGCUUCACCGCAUCCGGUGGCUUCAAGGGCAUGUACAAGGGCGUAGGCUCCGCGUUCUGGGGCAGCGCACCAGGCGCCGCACUCUUCUUCAUAACUUACGACGGCGUCAAGCGCAAGUUCGCGUCGCGCACAACGACCGCGCGGAACGCCUCAGGGCAGGAGUAUACGGUGGAAGUUGAUAGUGGAGCGGGUGUGCACAUGUUGGCUGCGAGUCUGGCAGAAGUGGCAGCGUGCGCGGUCCGCGUGCCGACGGAGGUUGUCAAGCAGCGCGCGCAGGCGAGCCAACACCCGUCCUCGCUCUCCGCUCUCACCCAUAUAUUAAACCAGCGGAGCACACACGGCCUCGCACACGUAUGGCGCGAGUUAUACCGCGGCUGGAGCAUAACCAUUAUCCGCGAAAUCCCCUUCACCGUGAUCCAAUUCCCGCUCUGGGAAUCCCUCAAGCGGUGGCGGCAGUCGCGAACCGGUCGUUCUCAAGUGUCUGGACUGGAAGGCGGGUUGCUGGGGAGCGCGGCGGGCGCGGUGGCCGCGGCGUUUACGACGCCGCUGGAUGUGCUGAAGACGAGGAUGAUGCUGGCUAAGGAGAAACAGCCCAUGUUCACUAUGCUGAGUAGGAUUUUGAGGGAGAGUGGGCCGCGGGCGUUUUUCGCGGGGAUAGGACCUAGGGUCGGGUGGAUUAGUGUUGGGGGUGCGAUUUUCUUGGGGAGCUAUCAGUGGGCGAGUAAUUUGUUGGGGGGAGAGGCUGAGGCGUAGCCGCAAGCGUAGAUGGAUGGACGUGGUGGCGAGUACAUUACUGGUGGAUGAGAAUCUGGGGAAAUGUUGUAAGAUAGAUCUAAAGUGUCGACGAGAUUCGAC